ACCAGGCCGGGCCAGGCGGGCGCCCGGAGUCCGGAGCCCGGAGCUGGCUGCGAGCCGGCGGAUCUGCUGCGAGGAGGUCCCCGUGCUGGAGCAGGAGCUGGGCGGGAGCUGGAGCAGCGGCGCAGGUGGCGCGGGGUAUCGCUGGACGGCAGUGUACAGCAGCCCCCGCAUCAUACCUCCAGUCUGGGGAGCAGCUGCCUGAGCGCCGGUUCCCCUGGAGGCCCUUGGCCAGGCCUGAGCCUCUGUCGCCAUGGCCAUUGUACAGACUCUGCCAGUGCCACUGGAGCCCGCUCCUGAGGCCACCACUGCCCCACAAGCUCCAGCCAUGGGCAGCGUGAGCAGCCUCAUCUCAGGCCGGCCCUGCCCCGGGGGGCCAGCGCCUCCCCGCCACCACGGCCCCCCUGGGCCUACCUUCUUCCGCCAGCAGGAUGGCCUGCUACGGGGUGGCUAUGAGGCACAGGAGCCGCUGUGCCCAGCUGUGCCCCCUAGGAAGGCUGUCCCUGCCACCAGUUUCACCUACAUCAACGAGGACUUCCGGGCAGAGUCACCCCCCAGCCCGAGCAGUGACAUUGAGGAUGCCCGAGAACAGCGGGCACGCAGUGCCCAUCUCCGCGGCCCCCCACCCAAGCUCAUCCCUGUCUCUGGAAAGCUGGAGAAGAACAUGGAGAAAAUCCUGAUCCGCCCAACAGCCUUCAAGCCAGUGCUACCCAAACCUCGAGGGGCACCAUCCCUACCUAGCUUCCUGGGUCCUCGGGCCGCCGGACUGUCUGGGAGCCAGGGCAGCCUAACACAGCUGUUUGGGGGCCCUGCCUCGUCCUCCUCUUCCUCCUCCUCCUCGGCUGCUGACAAACCCUUGGCACUGAGUGGCUGGGCCAGCGGCUGCCCAUCGGGGACACUGUCUGACUCGGGCCGAAACUCACUGUCCAGCCUGCCCACCUACAGCACCGGGGGUGCCGAGCCAGCCAGCCACUCCCCUGGUGGGCACCUGCCCUCCCACGGCCCCGGGCGGGGGGCGCUGCCUGGACCAGCCCGAGGGGCCCCGACUGGGCCCUCCCACUCGGACAGUGGUCGAUCUUCCUCCAGCAAGAGCACAGGCUCCCUGGGAGGCCGUGUGGCUGGGGGGCUCUUGGGCAGCGGCACCCGGGCCUCCCCUGACAGCAGCUCCUGUGGGGAGCGUUCCCCACCCCCACCCCCACCCCCACCCCCCCCUUCGGAUGAGGCCCUGCUGCACAGUGUCCUGGAAGGAAAGCUCCACGACCGUGAGGCAGAGCUGCAGCAGCUGCGGGACAGUCUGGACGAGAGUGAGGUGACCAUGUGCCAGGCCUACGAGGAGCGGCAGCGGCACUGGCCACGGGAACGCGAGACGCUGCGGGACGACAGCACCGCCCAGGCCCAGCGGGCGCAGCGGGCCCAACAGCUGCUCCAGCUGCAGGUGUUCCAGCUGCAGCAGGAGAAGCGCCAGCUGCAGGAUGACUUCGCGCAGCUGUUGCAGGAACGGGAGCAGCUGGAGCGGCGCUGUGCCACCUUUGAGCGGGAACAGCGGGAGCUUGGGCCACGGCUCGAGGAGACCAAGUGGGAGGUGUGCCAGAAGUCAGGUGAGAUCUCCCUGCUGAAGCAGCAGCUGAAGGAGUCCCAGGCAGAGCUGGUGCAGAAGGGCAGUGAGCUGGUGGCCCUGCGGGUGGCGCUGCGAGAGGCUCGAGCUGCACUCCGGGUCAGCGAGGGCCGAGCUCGGGGCCUGCAGGAGGCCGCCCGGGCCCGGGAGCUGGAGCUGGAGGCCUGUUCCCAGGAGCUGCAGCGGCACCGCCAGGAGGCCGAGCGGCUCCGAGAGAAAGCUGGCCAAUUGGACACGGAGGCAGCUGGACUCCGGGAACCCCCUGGGCCACCUACCACCACGGACCCUUUCCUCCUGGCAGAGAGUGAUGAAGCCAAGGCACAGCGGGCAGCCUCGGGGGUCGGGGGCAGCCUGCGGGCCCAGGUGGAACGGCUGCGGGCAGAGUUGCAACGGGAGCGGCGGCGCGGGGAGGAGCAGCGGGACAGCUUUGAGGGGGAGCGGCUGGCCUGGCAGGCGGAGAAGGAGCAGGUGAUCCGCUACCAGAAGCAGCUGCAGCACAACUAUGUCCAGAUGUACCGGCGUAACCGGCAGCUGGAGCAGGAGCUGCAGCAGCUCAGCCUGGAGCUGGAGGCCCGGGAGCUCGCUGACCUGGGCCUGGCCGAGCCGGCCCCCUGCAUCUGCCUGGAGGAGAUCACUGCCACCGAGAUCUAGGGCCCUUGGCAUCCUGGAGCAGCAGGGAGCUUGACUGCAGUGGGGCGGGAACCUUGGGGCCACGGAGGUCCCCUGGGUCUAAGGGCCCCAGAGCCGCUCGUGCUCCAGGAUCCAUGCUUCUGGGCCUCUGCCAGGGCCCUGGGGGCAGCCCUCUGACUAGGUUGAGCAAGAUUAGCCCCCUUGAAGGUCCCCAUUUCACUGUCUCACAGAGGCUCCUCCUUACUUGACCUAUCCCACCCCUCCUGCUGCUGCCAUUGCCACUCUGCCAACUGCAUUUGUCCCUGACGAGGGAGUGGGGGGGGGGCUGGGAGGAGGAGGGGGGUCCCUCCUUUCCACACUCUCCCCUACCCCAAAGCCAGAGAGAGCCAGAUAGCACCAGCUGCUCCAGAUGUGCCUGCCCCCUCUCUGCCUAUGUCGGGGGUCGGGGGCCAGGGCUGGGACUGGGGUCUGACCUCCAUG